AUGGCCAUACCUCUCCAGACACUCAUCGAUCGCUCUUUUGGAACAGGGUUUCUCCACGAGGGGGACUUCUACGUCGAUGAAAAUGUUCUCGCCAAGUUUCCCAAGGGUACCACCGUCACCAUUGCCCACCGUUACGCCACCUCCGCAUGGACAGUCACAGCGCGCUUGCACCUGAGACUACCAGAUGGGCAUGAAGACGUGUUCUUGUUAAAGUCUGCCCCGUUGGCGCUGGGAGGUCAGAUGAUGAGGGGCGAAUUCUACGCGAUGUCUGAGUUCUACAAGUUUGCGCCAGAUUUUGUGCCGAAACCACAUUCUUGGGGGAAGUACGCCUCUGAAGAUGUCGAGGCAUAUUUCCUGCUCCUCGAGUAUCUGGAAAUGGAAACGAAUUCUAUGCCAGACCCUCUCGAGUUGUGCUCAAAACUAGCUCGUGUUCAUCGCGAAAGCCAGUCACCUACCGGGCAAUUUGGCUUUGAAGUCACCACCUGCCAGAAUGUGUACCCUCAAGAAGUGGGCUGGGAGAGCAACUGGACGACUUUCUACACAAGGCUUCUGAAGCAUGUGAUGGAUCUUGACUUCAGUACCAACGGGCACUGGGAUGACCUUGAUCGAGUGGAGAAGCGCAUUCUUACUUCGGUCAUCCCCCGCUUGCUGGACGCACUGACAGAGAAUGGUAGGACCAUCAAACCAAGCCUCAUACAUGCCAAUUUGUGGGAAGGCAACACGGGCACUUCCCUGGAAAAUGGAAACUUAUACAUGUACGACUCUCCGGGCUUCUACGCGCACAACGAGCUGGAUGUGGCUGAUUGGCGGGGCUACUACAACAAGAUCAACCGGGACAUAUACAUCAAGACCUAUCUCAAGAUGUUUCCCCCUAGCGAGCCAAAAGACGAAUGGGACGACAGAAAUCGUCUAUAUGCUUGCUACUACUACGUGUGGUACUCGGUGCAUCACAAAGCCUCCGGCAAGGCUGUCCGCCAGAUGCAAGUGUCCAAACAAGCACAAACCGUCAACCUCACGUUAACGAUCUACAUCGUGUUCCAAGCUAUCUCACCAGUCAUCUUCGGCCCGCUUUCGGACACCUACGGCCGGAGGCCGAUCUUCCUCGUCGUCCUCGGAAUCUACGCUGUGAGCAAUAUCGGGCUGGCAGUCAAUGAGCGCAGUUUCGCUGCGCUCGCGACCCUGCGAGCACUGCAGAGCCUCGGUGCGAGCGCAACGUACUCCAUUGCCUUCGGUGUGGUGGCGGAUGUCUGCUUGCCUCGUGACAGGGGUCGGAUGUUGGGGCCCAUUGGAAUGGCUCUCAACUUGGGUACCUGCAUCGGGCCCAUCAUUGGAGGCUGUGUGGCAUACUUCAGCGGCAGCUAUAACUGGGCCUUCUGGGCGCUGGUCAUUGCGGCCAUAAUCUUAUUCUCGUCUGUUGGCCUGUUUCUGCCCGAGACCGCAAGGUCACUUGUUGGGAACGGCUCAGAUCGAUCUCGGUUCAAAUGGUGGCAGAUCAGCUGGCUAUCUCUUGUGCGGGAGUUUCUGGCUGGCCGCACAGGUGUUGUUCAAUACGAGCAUGCGACCGAGGGUACGGACCAGGAAAAAGUACUUCCCCAGACUACACCCGUAAGACGGUUUCUGCAAAAGUACGGGCUCAUCAAUUUCUACAACUGCUUCCGCAUCAUCUUUCACAAAGACACCUUCUUGAUACUUUGGGUACAUGGCUCGUUUUACACUGUCGACUACAGCUUCGUUGCAGCAGUGCCAGAUAUAUUCAAGUCCAUCUACGGCUGGAACGAAUGGCAAACUGGACUUGCGUAUCUACCCCGAGGCACUGGCAUCAUCCUCGGAAGCUAUUUCACCGGCAAGCUCCUGGACCAUAAUUACAGGACGGUGGCACGCAGAAUCGGCAGUGACGAGUCCAAGAAGGCGUCAGGGGGGGGAUUUGCUCGAUUUCCCGAUCGAGAAGUCAAGGACCAGAGGUAG